UUUCCGUAAGGACGCUAUAUCUUUGUUUCCUAGGUGGUUUAUUACUGAAGUAAUGGCAUAGUGGGUAGUAGUGAGGUUGAGACUGUAGAGACUCUGUCCUUGUCCUGUGGAGAAAGAGAGGAUAAAUGGAUCUGGCUGAUUCUCUCAGAGAAGUGGGGUCUGGGACUCCCACUAAGAUCAGCCUUCCUGGAGACACAGAGGAGGGGGUUGUUUACUCCAGUAGGAAACACGUCUUUGGGGAAAGAGGGAAGACAACAGGCACCUCGAGGACAGACCGUGGAGAAUUAGAGUGGAGAGUCCAAGUCGAUCAGAGAGGCCAGACAUAUAGGAGAGGUUCAACACUCAGCUAUGCAUCUAUGCAGAGCAAUGACUCCAUUGAAAAGCCGCCCAACUUCAGUAAAGAACCUGCCACUGACACCACACGAAUGGGGAAAGAGAAAAUCAGACGGUGGCGCAUUCAGCCCACCCGGACCCCUGACAUUACCCUAAGUGUUCAGAGACAAAGAUAUGUAUCGGAAUCAUCCAGCUGCUCUGGUCAGAGUGACAUGUCCAUAGAGCAACGUUUUGAAGAGCUCCAUAUAAAAGAUGGAAGAGUAUGUUCAACAUGUGACGGUGCUGAUAGUGCCAGUGUGCGGACACGAAGACGAUCGCCAUCAGUGUCUAGCUGUGUAUCAGCACAGUCUGAAGAAUCAGUAGAACAGCCUCCAUGUUUAGGAGAGAGACCCUCCAUCACCAGUGUGCGUACAGGAAGACGAUCACCAUCAGUGUCUAGCUGUGUAUCAGCACAGUCUGAAGAAUCAGUAGAACAGCCUCCAUGUUUAGGAGAGAUAUCCUCCAUCACCAGGGUGCGUACAGGAAGACGAUCACCAUCAGUGUCUAGCUGUGCAUCAGCACAGUCUGAAGAAUCAGUAGAACAGCCUCCAUGUUUAGGAGAGAGACCCUCAAUCACCAGGGUGCAUGCAGGAAGACGAUCACCAUCAGUGUCUAGCUGUGUAUCAGCACAGUCUGAAGAAUCAGUAGAACAGCCUCCAUGUUUAGGAGAGAGACCCUCCAUCACCAGAUUGCAAGUGGAAGACCCUCUGAGCAAGGGAGCGGGAGCAGAACCCUAUUCCAUGAGGCGCUCUAGGUAUAGGCCACAUUCACCAUGUCCCAGCCACACAUCUACAGAGAGUGACACCUCCCAGGAAAGGAUUCUCAACUCUGACCAACCAACAUCACAACAUUACCCCAGACGUCUGUCCUCUUUGUCUGUUUGGAGUUGUGGGUCCAUACAGCAACCUCCUCAUAUCCCACAGGAAGAAAGAGUCCAUUCACAAAACACCUCAGCAAAAAUUAGAGUCUUACAGACAGCCAUAGACGACCAUAAGGCCAGUUUGAGGAAGAAGUUUGAGGUCCUGUCUGGAGGGUCCAGUAAAUCCAGCUGUUCUGUGCCGUUCCAUGCCAUCUACACAGAGCUCCACAUGACAGUAGGAGACAGUCAGGGAAUCUGCGUAGAGCACGAGGUCCAGCAGAUCGAAAUGCUGCACCGGACACAGGCAAUGCCUGCAGAUGAGGUGGUCAACUGCAGUGACAUCUUCAGGCCCCUACGCAGAGAGCAGAGGCCCAUUAGAACCGUCAUGACCAAAGGCAUUGCUGGGAUUGGGAAGACCAUGUCCGUGCAGAAGGUCAUUCUAGAUUGGGCCGAAGGGCGAGCCAAUCAGGAUGUGGAUUUCGUGCUUGUGCUUCCGUUCCGUGAGUUGAACCUGGUGUGUGGUGAAAAACAUAGCCUCCAUGGUCUUCUGCUGGAGCUUUUUGAAGAGCUCCAAGCCUUGGAAUAUGUGGGUUUUUACAAGGAAUGCAAACUGCUGUUCAUCCUGGACGGCCUGGAUGAGUCUAAAUUCUGCCUUGACUUCCUGGAGAGAGAGGUGUGUGAUGUAAAUGAGGUAACCUCGGUUUCAGUGCUGGUGACCAACCUUAUCCGAGGUCACCUUCUCCCCACUGCUCUCAUUUGGGUGACCUCACGGCCAGCAGCAGCCAAUCAGAUCCCUGCACGGUACAUUCACCAGGUGACAGAACUCAGGGGGUUUAGUGACACACAGAAGGAGGAAUUCUUUAGAAGGAGAAUUGCAGACCAAAGGCAGGCCAAUGAAAUCAUUGCCCAUGUCCGGGCAACACGCAGCCUUUUCAUCAUGUGCCACAUCCCUGUCUUCUGUGUGCUCAUUGCCACCAUGUUCCAGCCGAUCUUGGACAAAAAGUCCAAAAAGGACACCCCUAGUACCCUGACUGAACUCUUCACAGAGUUUAUCAUCUCACAGAUCAAAACACGACAACAAUCACAAGAGUCCAGGAAAGAGGCUUUAUGGAGGCUGGCUAAACUGGCCUUCACGCAUCUACAGAGUCAGCGAUUUAACUUCUACGAGGAGGAUCUGAGCGAGUGUGGAAUCAACUCAAGGGAUGCCUUUUUGUUCUCAGGGCUAUGUGUAGAGAUCUUGAAAGAGGAGUUGAUCGGUCAUGGAAAGCGAACCUACAGCUUUCUGCAUCUGACCGUUCAGGAGUUUCUAGCAGCUCUUUUUGUGAUCCACUCCUUUGUCACCAAGAACACAGAGGCUCUGGAGUCCUUUCAUGUUUUCGUGUCCGAUAAGAAUAUGGAACUGUAUAGCCUGCUGAAGGCUGCAGUAGACAAGUCUUUACAGAGCGAACAUGGACAUCUGGAUCUUUUUCUCCGUUUCCUCUUGGGACUUGCGCUCGACCCCAGCCAGAAGCUCCUACAAAACCUGCUCAAAGGCAAACGCAACCGACCCUUGGACAUAAAAAAGUUCAUGGACCAGAGAUUGAAGGCACAAACACGUAACAGAACCAUCACUUACAUUAAAGAGCUCAGGCAGCAGAACCUCUCGCCCGAUAGGUGUAUCAAUCUCUUCCAUUGUUUGAUUGAGUUACGGGACUUUAGCAUGCAGGAGGAGAUCCAAGAGUAUCUAAGAUCUGAGAGGCGCAUGGAGUGCCUCUCUCCGGCCCACUGCUCGGCUCUGGCAUACAUGCUCCUGAUGUCCGAGGAGGCAGUGGAGGAGUUAGAUCUGAGGCAGUACAUCACCACAGAUGAGGGCCGCAAAAGACUAUUGCCAGCUGUCCGGUGGUGCAGGAAGGCCCGGCUGGACUGCUGUAAACUGACAGUGAAAGCCUAUGAGACAGUGGUCCUUAGUCUGCAGUCACUGGGGUCACCACUGACCGAGCUGGACCUGAGCUACAACAGCCUGCAGGACUCGGGCCUUGGGCUGCUCACUCAAGGGCUUCUGAGUCCUCACUGCAAACUGCAGACACUCAGUUUGGUUGGCUGUCACCUCACAAAAGCAUCUUGUGUGGUAAUGGCCUCUGUCCUCCAGUCUGAAAACUCAGCUCUGAGAGAGUUGGAUCUGAGCGACAAUGACCUACAGGACUCAGGACUGGAACACCUCACAGCUGGUUUAAGUCAUCCAAACUGUAAAGUACACAUACUGAGGUUAUCAUCAUGUUGUGUGUCGACCAGAGGCUCUGAAGCCCUAGCUGCAGCACUGAGCUGUAAUGCCUCUCACCUAAAAGAGUUGGACCUGAGCUACAAUUACCCAAGAACCUCUGGGGUGGAGCAGCUCUCAGCUAAACAGCAAGAUCCUGACUGUGCCCUGGAGAUGCUCAAUGUGAAGCAUGCAGGAAGGUAUCGUUUGCUGCCAGCACCACGGAAAUAUUUCUACAAGCUGCAUCUAGACCCCAACACGGCUCAUAAAAACUUAACACUGUCUGAACGGAACCAGCGAGUGACUAGGACGUCUGCUCAGCCCUCCCUAGACCACCCAGAGCGCUUUGACUGCUGGCCCCAGGUGCUAUGCAGGGAGCCUCUGACCGGACGCUGCUACUGGGAGGUCGAGUGGACUGGGACAGCUGCCAUUGGAUUGACUUACAAAGACAUCAGAAGGAAAGGAGGUGGGGACGACGUUGUGCUAGGACACAAUCUAAAAUCAGUGGCACUGUACUGUGACAAGGACAGCUACUCUGUGUACUAUGGUAAGAAGAAGACCGAGAUUGGUUUCCCCCCCUUUGGGUGCAAUAGGGUUGGGGUGUUUCUGGACUGGCCCACUGGUUCGGUGUCAUUCUAUAGGGUCUCGUCUGAUGACGGCCUACUGCUCCUGGACACAAAGUACACCACCUUUAACCAGCCACUGUACGCAGCAUUCACACUCUACCCCUCAGACACAGCCAUCUCUUUGUGCAAGAUUGAGAUGUGAAUAGGCACUGAAUCAUACACACAGUCAUCUCUUGGAUGCUGGUGUCUCAAAAAAGGUCAGUGCUGAAAAUGAGCAAUUUGCUUGCAGUGAUUGUAGACACAUUUCUAUCAGAAUAAAAAAAAAUGGAGGGGGUUAUACCAAGGUUGCACCCUUGGUUAGUUUGCACUUUAGUUGUAUACACAUAAUAAAUGUAGCAUCAUGUUAUGCAUAUGUAGCAUAUUGUGUCAUAUUCUGUUUUGAUUGAUGUGAUGGUCUACUGUAUACUAUUGUGUACAUUGCACUAGGGUGAAGUCAGGUACAUUGGGA